UCAGCAAUGAUCACGUGGUUUGGUGUCAGGUUCCGACCCCCGCCGCUUCUCCAUCCAGGCAGCCGGGCGCGUCGCGCCUGCCGCCAGUCAACAAACAUGGCUGACUAAUCGAACUCGGUUCUUGAUGGGUGUGUCGAUUUUCCAUCCAGCGCCAGGCUUAGCGACAAAACAUCAAUCCUCGGCCUACUUGCUCUCGAAGCUGACUCCGUGAGCUGAUGCGCGCCCGGGACGUACCUGUGCGGAUACCGAUCGGUUGCGAAUAAUGGAGAAAGGUCCCCCUACGCCGGUGGUGAAACCGUACAACAAUCCAGGCAAACGCCUCCUUUCGCAGAAGUCCGUCGAUCAGCUGUAUAAGCCGUUCAAAUGCCCAGGCUCGGCCACCCGGACCCCAGCCACGGAUCGUCCGGCGAGGAAACGCAAGAAGGUCAACUACCAAGGCGCCGACGGUGAUGAUUCGGCCGACAAGCCAUACACAAAUGCCGACAGGCUAGCUCUCGCAAAUCGCGAUGUCAACCGAUUUCCCGUCUUCCAGGCCAAGGAUAAGGAAAAGGUCUUCAGGAAGGCCUUCGCCGUCCCUCUAAUCAACAAGAACAGCGCGUCGUACAACCCUAACCGACCGCCGCCUACCCUUGGCCUGAGACAGGGAGCGGUCUUCGUCGCGAAGCCGUUGCACGACCCGAGCGGGGAGUUUGCAAUUGUGCUUUACGACCCCACCGUCGAUGAUAAGCCCAAGAAGAUCGAGAAAGCAGGAGAAAGCCAGGUAGUGGACGCGGCCACCGAGAAGUUGGAUGCGCCUCUAGUGCACAAGAGCUUGGCUGAGAUUCUGGGCAUAAAAAACAAGGUCGACAAGGAUCACCCGCGAGUGCCGGUCGUUAUUGAUCCGAGGCUUGCCAAAGUGUUGCGCCCUCAUCAGAUCGAAGGUGUCAAGUUCAUGUACAGAUGCGUCACCGGCAUGAUCGACGAGAAGGCGAACGGCUGCAUCAUGGCCGACGAGAUGGGUCUAGGGAAGACGCUGCAGUGCAUUACCCUCCUCUGGACCCUCCUCAAGCAAUCGCCAGACGCUGGCAAGACGACCAUCCAGAAGGCUAUCGUUGCUUGCCCGUCUAGUCUGGUCCGCAACUGGGCCAACGAACUUACCAAAUGGCUUGGUGCCGAUGCUAUCACUCCCUUUGCCAUCGACGGCAAAGCAUCCAAGGAAGAACUUACGCGGCAGCUCCGCCAGUGGGCCAUCGCAAGCGGCCGCGCGGUCACUCGGCCGGUAAUCAUAGUCUCGUACGAAACCCUUCGGCUGAAUGUUGAGGAGCUUAAGAACACUCAAAUCGGCCUGAUGUUGUGCGAUGAGGGUCACCGGUUGAAGAACGGCGACAGCCAAACCUUUACCGCGCUCAACAAUUUGCAGGUCACGAGGAGGGUGAUUCUUUCCGGUACACCUAUUCAGAAUGAUCUUUCCGAGUACUUUUCGCUCAUCAGCUUUGCGAACCCUGGCUUGCUUGGUAACCGGCUCGAGUUUCGAAAACGGUUCGAGCUUCCCAUCUUGCGCGGCCGAGACGCCGACGCAUCGGAAAGCGAGCGCGCGAAAGGCGACGAGUGUCUAGGUGAGCUACUUGCCGUUGUCAACAAAUUCAUCAUCCGACGGACGAACGACAUCUUGUCCAAGUAUCUCCCUAUCAAGUACGAACAUGUCGUAUUCUGCAAUCUGGCUCCGUUCCAGUUAGAUUUGUACAACUACUUCAUCCAGAGCCCAGAUAUCCAGGCUCUGCUACGUGGCAAGGGGAGCCAGCCUCUGAAGGCCAUUACCCUUCUCAAGAAGCUCUGCAACCACCCGGACCUGCUCAACCUGUCGGAAGAUCUGCCGGGCUGCGAGCGGUUCUGGCCCGAGGACUACGCGCCGAAGGAGGGACGCGGCCGCGAUCGAGACAUCAAGCCGUGGUACUCUGGGAAAAUGCAGGUGCUCGACCGCAUGCUCGCGCGUAUCCGGCAGGACACUAACGACAAGAUCGUGCUCAUCAGCAACUACACGUCGACGCUCGACCUCUUCGCGCAGCUGUGCCGCAACCGGGGGUACGGGCACCUGCGGCUCGACGGGACGAUGAACGUCAACAAGCGGCAGAAGCUGGUGGACCGGUUCAACGACCCGGCGGGGGACGAGUUCGUGUUCCUGCUGUCGAGCAAGGCGGGCGGGUGCGGGCUCAACCUGAUCGGGGCGAACCGGCUGGUGCUGUUCGACCCGGACUGGAACCCGGCGGCGGACCAGCAGGCGCUGGCGCGGGUGUGGCGCGACGGGCAGAAGAAGGACUGCUUCGUGUACCGGUUCAUCGCGACGGGGACGAUCGAGGAGAAGAUCUUCCAGCGGCAGAGCCACAAGCAGUCGCUGUCGUCGUGCGUCGUGGACUCGGCCGAGGACGUGGAGCGGCACUUCUCUCUCGACAGCCUGCGCGAGCUGUUCCAGUACCGCGGCGAUACGCGCAGCGACACCCACGACACGUUCAAGUGCAAGCGCUGCCGGCCCGACGGCCGCCAGCACAUCAAGGCACCCGCCUUGCUGUACGGCGACACGAGCACGUGGAACCACUUCGCCAACGACGGCCUCAAGCUGAUCCAGGACCUGCUGCUGCGCCAGGAGUGCGGCGAGAACGAGGUCUCGGCCGUGUUCCAGUACAUCUCGCAUUAGUCGGAUCUGUCGUCCGGCGUGAUAAGAGGGAAAGAAAAGGGAGUUCGAGGACAGGGGAAAUGCAAGGGCGAGAUCGCCCCGGCGGGGUUAGACGUGGCUUUAUCAACAUAUAUGUAUAUAUGCCCAUGUACGACGACUUGGCGGUAUUUCCAAACGGCGUACGAGAAAAGGGGGAAUCGGGUCGGACAUGAAAUUCUUGCUUGCUUAGUCGACUCUGCAACUCCGCAGCCCACCUGCAUAGCGCCUGCGUAUAGAGAAAGAGACAGUUGCUCAUUCGAUCGCUUCUUCGCCUACUAGUCUUCCCUCUCUGACGUCGUGUUACAUUUGUUAGUAUUCGGUAAGGGAAGAGAAGAACAGAAAAUGGACGUUAAAUCGGUUUACGGCUAAGCUUCCCAUCAUCCGGAUGCCCUGGCCUCGGAAGAACGGCGGAUUGGGGAGGGGCAAGCUGAUGUAUGUAUAUAUAUACCCAGAAUGGGCCCUCUAGCUCACAUGGUGUCGUCGUCACCGUCGUCGUCGUCACAGCCCAGAUCCUGCGUAGUGCUACGAGCCCAUAGCGAGCCACUGGCCUCUUGUCAGCCGGCACAUGCACAUCCCGUCAUUCGUAUCUGGGAACGGCGAGCCACCCUCGCUCAAGAU